GAUUAGAGAGGAGAAAUUACAGGACAUAUUAUCCAUCAGCAUCAUCGGACACCAGCUCUAAAUUAUUGUGGGGCUACUUAUAACAGACACGAUCCAACAUGGAGAUGCUCAGGGUUGUGGUCUUCAGCAUGUUGCUGUGUGUAGGUUUCUCUGAGACUCUGAAUGCCAGGACUGAUAAGCUUUUUCUGGGUGAGGGUUAUUCCAUUCCAUUGCCAGUGGGCAGCGCUGAGGUGGUCUUUCAGCCCAGGAUUGGUCCAAGAGGCAGGGAACUGGAGAUGAUAAAGGCUGGCAAAGUGGUGAGUCAUCGGGUCAAACUGAACGAGGAGCUGAACAUCCUGCUUCUGGAGAAUGUCGGAGAGAGCGAUGAAGGACUGUACAUCGUUAAAUCCACAGAAAACCCUGAGGAUGUCAAGAACUUUUAUCUCAUCGUCAGAGACUGUACGGUUGAAGGGAAUGUAAAGUAUGGAGACAACUUUCAACUGACCCUGCCCGAGAAAUCCAUCCCUAUUGGGGUAGAAUUUCGCCCCAGUGCUGUGGAGGCCAAUCAGACUUCUCAUCCAGCCCAAGAACUGCUAAAUCGUAAUGGAAAUUUUCAGGAUGGGUAUGAAAAUCGCAUUAUUGUGACUGAGAAGAACUUCGUCCUGCGGGCUGUAACUGGGACUGAUGAGGGAAGCUACACCAUCACUAAUUCCAGUGGUAAAGUCAGCAACAAGGUCUGCCUUAAUGUGAUAGAGCAUCAGAACUUUGUGACCGUUCAGCCUGGAGAAAUGUUCACUUUUACUCUGCCAAUAAACAGUUCCACUGCCCAUCUGACCUACUCUUCUGACUCCAGUGGAUCUGAAAAAACCUGGGUAAUCAUGGAGAGGGGCGAGUUAAACCUGCCACCUCAGCUGGAAGGACGGUUUAGCGUGGAGGACUUUUCAUGUACACUUAAGGAGGUGAAGGCCAGCGACAAAGGACUGUUUCAGAUCACGGACCAACAGGGCUUCCUAGUGUCCAAAUACCACCUGAAAGUGGAACCAUACAGCCUGCCAAACCUUUUUCUGGUCCUGAUUACUAUGGUGGCCUUAGUGGUGGUGCUGCUCUUUGUGUGUUUGGUAUCUUGUAUAGUGAAGGUACGCCGAAGAGCAGCAAAAGCCAGAGCCAUUGAGAAGAUUGCAAAAAAUGCUGGAAAUGAUGAAGGAGAUGCCUUUAGAAAGGUGGUAGAGAAUGUCUAUACCCGUCACAACGAGGAAGCGCCAACUUCACAGAAAGAAGAUAUCACAGAGAAAUCACAGAGCACUGAAGUCAGCAUUAAGGGUCUGGAAGUCUCUGCCAAGGACACAAGUAUCAAUGAAAAGAAUUUGGAGACCAGCGACUCUGGAGUGGGCAUUGAAAACACGGCUGGGCUCCCACUGGACAGCGAUACUGAAGCACCAACAGCACCCAUUACGGAGACUGAUUUCCAGACCUCCUCUGAAGCUCCUGAUACCAAACCUACUGCUAAUGAACAGCCCAAACUUACUCUUACCUCCCCUCCUAAACCAGCUUUAACUCCUGAAGCAAAGAAAGAAACACCAGUGCCCGAAGCUCUAAAACCAUCUCCUGAACCUAAACUUUCUGUAACACCCACACAGGAAACCAAAACAGCAAUCUCACCUAUACCUGAGUCCAAACCAAGCUUGAGUCCAUCUCCAGUACCCAAGCCUGCAGUGACACCUGAGUUGAAACCAACGGUCAGUUUAACCCCUGAUGCCAAACCGCCCCCUAGUCCCGAACCUCCCAAAGCUGUGACACCAACACCUGAACCCAAACUUGCCUCCACUCCUACUAAGGUAGCAGUUCCUGAUCCUACACCAACCAAACCAGCAACCUCCCCAACACCACCUGCUGCAAUCCCAUCACCAGCAACAUCCAAGCCUGCUCUGUCUCCAUCUCCAGAUCCUAAACCAUCUCUCUCGCCCACUCCAGACCCAAUGCCAACCACCAAUGGUACCCUUGAGUCCAAGCAAGACAUAGGAGAGAAAACCCCAGAUACUGAGAAAAGCUCAGUAAAAGCAGCUCAUGAGGCUUCACCCAGCAAGGGUACUCCUGCUGGAGGUCUGGAGGAAACUACCACCACUUGAGGUUCAAACCACUGCCAGUAUUCUGCUCCCUCCAUGAUGUCUAUACCAUCGCUGACAAUCGAGACAUAACAACGAGCAAGAACCUAA